AUGGCUAGUGUAGCUGCAUGGCUUCCAUUUGCUCGAGCAGCAGCUAUUGGUUGGGUUCCAUUAGCUAAAAAUUCUUUACCACCACCACCAUUUCGCAUUCCAAUAGAUGGUACAUCAACAAGUAGUGGUGAACGUCGUUGUGAUGAAAAAAUUAUAAUAAAUGUUAGUGGUCGUCGAUUUGAAUGUUGGCGUUCAACAUUAGAAAAAUAUCCUGAUUCAUUAUUAGGUUCAAAUGAAAAAGAAUUUUUUUAUGAUGAAGAUACACGUGAAUAUUUUUUUGAUCGUGAUCCAGAUGUAUUUCGUAUAAUAUUAAAUUUUUAUCGUACUGGUAAAUUACAUUAUCCAAAACAUGAAUGUAUUGCUGCAUAUGAUGAAGAAUUAGCAUUUUUUGGUAUAUUACCUGAUAUAAUUGGUGAUUGUUGUUAUGAAGAUUAUCGAGAUCGUAAACGUGAAAAUAAUGAAAGACUUAUUGAUGAUCGUCUUCAUGAAGAUGAUGAUAAAGCUCAACCAAAACCACAAUCAUUACGUGAAACAAUGUGGCGUGCAUUUGAAAAUCCUCAAGUAUCAACAAUGGCAUCUGUAUUUUAUUAUGUAACAGGAUUUUUUAUUGCUGUUAGUGUUAUUGCUAAUGUCUUAGAUACAAUAUCAUGUGGAACGGAUCCUAAAACUGGUUAUUCAAGAACAUGUGGUGAACGUUUUUCUCAUCAAUUUUUUUGUCUUGAUACAGCUUGUGUUAUGAUUUUUACUGUUGAAUAUUUUCUUCGUCUUUAUGCUGCACCUGAUCGAUUAAAAUUUGUUCGAUCUGUUAUGUCUAUUAUUGAUGUUGUUGCUAUAAUGCCAUAUUAUAUUGGAUUAUUUAUGCGUGAAAAGGGUGAAGUUAGCGGAGCAUUUGUUACUCUACGUGUAUUUCGUGUUUUUCGUAUAUUUAAAUUUUCUCGUCAUAGUCAAGGUUUAAGAGUAUUAGGUUAUACAUUAAAAAGUUGUGCUAGUGAACUUGGUUUUCUAUUAUUUUCAUUAACAAUGGCUAUUAUUAUAUUUGCUACUGUUAUGUAUUAUGCAGAAAAAAGUGUUGUUAAUACAAAAUUUACAUCUAUACCAGCAGCAUUUUGGUAUACUAUUGUUACAAUGACAACACUUGGAUAUGGUGAUAUAGUGCCAAAAACUUGGGCAGGCAAAAUUGUUGGUGGUGUAUGCAGUUUAAGUGGUGUACUUGUUAUUGCUCUUCCUGUACCUGUUAUUGUAUCAAAUUUUAGUCGUAUUUAUCAUCAAAGUCAACGAGCAGAUAAAAUGAAAGCUCAACGAAAAGCACGUCUAACACGUAUACGUUUAGCACGUAAUGCAACAAGUAAUGCAUUUAUUGCAGCUAAACGACGUCAUGAACAAUAUCGUGAUGAUCCAAAUGCUUCUGUUGAUAAAAAUCUUGUUAAUCCAUUUGAACUUCAACAUCAUCAUUUACUUCGUUGUUUAGAAUUAACAACUGAUCGAGAAUUUGUUGAAGUUGGUCCAGAUACAUUAAUAACUAGUGGUGGUACAAGUAUUGUUCCUGGUGGUCAUGCAACUACUGCCAUAAAUCGUUUAAGUUUACCAGCUAGACAUUUUAUUUUAAAUCGUCGAAAAUGGCGAUGUUGUGGAGUUGGAAGAAGAAAGAAAAAUUCAUAUAAACAUGAUAUUGAUCGUGUUAAUAAUAGAAAUUCAAAUGCAAACGAUGAUGAAAUUGAUGAAGAACUCGGUGAUUUUCCAUUACCUAUUUCAAUAACACCACGUGAUUCAUUAACAAUAAGUCAACCUGUUAGUACAACAACAACAACAACAGCAAAUGUGAUACAACAUCAAACAUUAGGUUCAUCUUUACAACAUAAUGUUGUACUUCAUUCCAAUAUACAAGAAUCACCAGAAUUAAUAACACAUCAUUUUGAUAUAGAUGAUAAUAAUCAAAUAAAACAUCAACGAAAUAAUUUAAUGACUGUUUAUGAACAAAGUUCAACAAAUGAUUUAUUAACAGAUGAUUCACAAUAUAUAAAAUCAUCAAAAAAUAUUAGUAAUAUAAUACAAAAAAGAACAACUGAUGAUAAACAAACGGUAUGA